AUGAGAGGUCCGAGAAAACCGUCCAUUCGGAGACCUCCUCUCCUCCAUCUCCUCUGUGCCGCCGCCGUCGUCUUCUCUCUAUUCUUCUUCGUCUCUCACUUCUCUUCCUCACCCGGCAACCAGCGAAUCUCAAGUGUUAACAAAGUGGAUGUUCGGAUACUGUCUGAUUUCCAGUCUGACGUUCAGCAAUGCGUGGCAAACAGAGGGCUUGGACUCACUGCCCAGAUAAUGGAUCACUGCAAUUUGAUUCUCAAGUUUCCUGAAGGAACUAAUAGCACUUGGUACAAUGAGCAGUUUAAAAUAUUUGAGCCGUUGGAGUAUAAGUAUGAUGUUUGUGAAGCAAUAUUGUUGUGGGAGCAGUAUCGUAAUAUGACUACAGUGUUGACAAGAGAGUAUUUGGAUGCACGGCCUGAUGGUUGGCUAGACUAUGCUCCAAAGAGGAUAGCACAAUUAGGAGCAAAUAAAUGUUACAAUAAGACUCUUUGUGAGGAACAUCUUAAUGUGCUUUUACCAGCAAAGCCACCUUUCCCUCCACGCCAGUUUCAAACUUGUGCUGUCGUUGGAAAUUCUGGAGAUCUCUUGAAGACAGAAUUUGGAAAGGAAAUUGAUUGUCAUGAUGCCAUCAUCAGAGACAAUGAGGCUCCCGUUAAUGAGAAAUAUGCCAAAUAUGUUGGUCUGAAGAGAGAUUUCCGCCUUGUAGUCAGGGGUGCCGCACGGAAUAUGAUUAAGAUUCUCAAAGGGUCAGAUGAUGAAGUGCUUAUUAUCAAAAGCCUCACCCAUAUAGAUUUAAAUGAAAUGAUUAAGAGGAUCCCGAAUCCCGUUUAUUUAUUCCAAGGCAUAGUGCUUCGUAGAGGUGCCAAAGGAACGGGAAUGAAAUCAAUAGAACUUGCUCUUUCCAUGUGUGACAUAGUCGACAUUUAUGGUUUCACUGUUGAUCCUGGAUAUACAGAUUGGACGAGGUACUUCUCACCACCGAGGAAAGGACACAAUCCACUUCAAGGAAGAGCAUACUACCAACUUCUAGAGUGUCUUGGUGUAAUUCGAAUCCAUUCUCCAAUGAGAUCUGAGAGGAAGCAGGACUGGUCAGAUAUACCGAGUCGAGAAAAAAUAGGCAGAGCUCACUCGGCUGCUUUACAUCUGAAGAAGAAUCAAGCUGGUCAAGAAGGUGAUUUGGGACAAUUUCGUAACUGUAAAAUGUGGGGACACUCUGGUCCUUAUGGCAGCGGGCCUCUGUCCGGGUCACCCGAUGUGAGUGACAUGAGAAAGAAUUCAAAUUACAGCAAAUGGGAGACCAUGCUCUUUGAGAAAUUAAGCAAAGCGACACAAGAUCAUUACACUCAUAUGGAAGGUGUGUCAUUGUAUAAGAUGGAUGGCAACAAAUUGGAUGAUCUAGUGUGCGUGAGGCACUCUUCUUUAAAACCUCAGGUGUGA